CGCUGCAACGGUGGUAUUAAGUGUGCAGUGAUCACGGGUGACCGAGGGAAGACGGGAAAGAGGGUGGUCAAUAUGACUCCUAUCUUCCUCGUCCUGUUGGUGGCUAUCGACCCGAUUAUUGCGCAGCAUGGUCCACCGACGGUCGUGGUGAAGCCACAAUCGCAGCAGGUGAAGGCAGGCGGAAUAGCGAGUUUCUACUGCACGGCGAAGGGAGUACCACCACCCCAGAUCUACUGGAGGAAGUUGGGAAAGAGAGUUUCUCAAUCUCAGUCACGGUACCUGGUGCACAACUAUGAAAACGGAGCUUUACUGCGCAUCGAACGCGUGAAGCCGCUUCGCGACAGCACCCAGUUCGAGUGUCUAGCAGAGAACGGAGUCGGCGAUGCCGUGUCAGCGUAUGCCCAGCUCAAAGUCUACGAAGCCGAGAAAUUGCCGAACGGUUUCCCCUUGAUAUCUCAGUCGCCGACGACCAAGGUGGUGGAAAUGGGUCACAACACGGUGCUUGUCUGCACCGCCAUCGGUUCACCGCCCCCCAUCAUAUCUUGGGUACGAGACAUGAUGCCCAUCAACACCAGUAAUCCACGAUACACCGUUCUGGAUACCGGGUCGCUGCAAAUCACCGGAUCCGAAGUGAACGACCAAGGAAACUACGAGUGCGUGGCGAAUAAUUCCGUCGGUACCGAGUAUUCGAAGACGGCCUCGCUCUACGUAAAAGUUCGCCGCGUUGCGCCCACCUUCUCGAUUCCUCCGCCGGCAGUGAGCGAAGUAACGAAGGGCGCGUCUUUGAAUCUGUCCUGUGUCGCUGUCGGCUCCCCGAUGCCCUACGUGAAAUGGAAAAAGGGUGCAUCCUUCGACCUCACGCCGGACGACAAAUUGCCAGUUGGGAAAAACGUGUUGGUGCUCACCGACAUCGAGGAGUCUGCCAACUACACUUGCACAGCCGCCAGCGAUCUCGGAGUCAUAGAAGUCACGUCGAUGGUGAAAGUUCAAUCUCUGCCCAGUCCUCCGGAGAACGUUCAAGUAUCCGACAUCACCGCUACCUCCGUGAAGCUCACUUGGUUCUACAAAGAUUCGGACGAUCUGCAAUACUACGUGAUUCAACACAAACCGAAACGCGUGAAUCAAGCGUACGCCGAAAUAUCUGGCAUCACGACCAUGUACUAUAACGUCCGGAGUCUGAGUCCUUACACCGAGUACGAGCUUUACGUGAUAGCCGUGAACUCCAUUGGGCGUGGUACCCCAAGUGCCCCGGUGACAGUCACCACUGGAGAAACGACGGAAUCGACAAAUGGAGGUGCCAAACCUGGUACUGCACCACGAAACGUUCUGGCCCGACCAUUGAGCUCCAGCACGAUGGUCAUACAAUGGAUGGAGCCGGAAACACCGAACGGACAAGUGACGGGUUACAAGGUGUACUUCACGACGGACUUGAAUCAACCAAUGGCGUCUUGGCAGCACCAAAUGGUGGACAAUAACCAGUUAACCACCAUCUCGGAUUUAACGCCGCACACGAUAUACACGAUUCGGGUGCAAGCACUGACGAGCGUUGGACCUGGUCCACUGAGCACACCUGUUCGGAUAAAGACGCAACAAGGGGUACCGAGCCAACCGGAAAUGUUGACCGCGAUAGAUAUCGGGGAGACCCAAGUAACGCUCCAAUGGAACAAACCUGCUCAUAGCACGGAAAAUAUUCUCAGCUAUGAGCUGUAUUGGAACGAUACCUAUGCACAGGAAAAGUUUCAUCGAAGGAUACCGGCUAUCGAGAACUACACACUGGCCGGCCUCUACCCGAACACGCUGUACUACGUUUGGCUGGCUGCGAGGAAUCAAAGGGGAGAAGGAGCUACGACGAUUCCGUAUCCGGUUCGCACGAAACAGUACGUCCCCGGGGCUCCGCCUCGCAAUGUAACCGGAAAAGCGAUCAACCCGACUUCCAUAUUGGUAACAUGGGAACCGCCGCCUGCCAAUCAAUCGAACGGGAGGAUCGCGUACUACAAGCUGCAAGUCGUCGAGAGCGGACGCUCCGACUCGGAGGCGAAAAUUAUCAAACUGAAUGACACGCGAUUCGUGUUGGACGAACUGAAAAAAUGGACCGAGUACCGGAUUUGGGUAUUGGCCGGGACCAGCGUAGGUGACGGACCUCCGAGUUAUCCGACCACGGUCAGAACUCACGAGGACGUACCGGGUGAUCCUCAAGACGUAAAAGUGACGCCGAUCAAUUCGACCGCGAUACACGUGGAAUGGAAACCACCGAAAUUGAAAGAACAAAACGGCGUGUUAAGAGGUUAUCACAUACACGUGCAAGAAGUGGGAGAGAAGGGAAAGGAUCUGUUGAACGAGCCGAUACGACGCGACGUGGACGAAGGCGUGUUGGAAGUGAACAUUACCGGCUUGCAACCCGACACCAGCUAUUCGGUACAGGUAGCCGCGUUAACGAGAAAAGGAGACGGUGAUCGUUCCAUGCCUGUCGACGUGAAAACUCCCGGAGGAGUACCCAACAGGCCCGACGUUAAUAUAAAAGUUUCGUCCAAGACUCCCGAGAUCGUGCUGAAGCUCGAAUGGGUACGACCGUCGCAAACGUACGGCGAGCUGUUAGGCUAUAGGAUAAGAUACGGGAUCAAAAACCAAACGCUCAAGGAAGAAUUUAUUCAAGGAACCAAUCAACACGUUUACAAAAUCACCGAUCUCGAAGAACGAGGAGUGGAGUACGAGUUCAGGGUGGCCGGGCGAAACGCGAUUGGUUUUGGACAAGAAACGGUACAAUACUGGUUUAGUCCCGAGGAAGAGCCUACCGGACCACCGACGAAUCUGUCCUACUUCUUCCAAACACCUGACACGGUGUGCGUUACGUGGGAUAAACCUCUGCGACAGCACAGGAACGGUCAGAUAACUAACUACGACGUUCAGUUCAACAAGAAGAACGAUCACUCGACGACCAUCGACCGGAACACGACUAAGACGAGAGCAGUUUUCACGAAUUUGGAGGAGAAUACGGAGUACGUGUUUCACGUAAGAGCGCGCACGUCUAAAGGGAGUGGUCCGUACUCGGAGAAGAUCACGAUCAUAACCGAGAAAGAUAUUACCCGGGCACCGAUGUCGGUGAAGGCGGUAGCCACGUCGGACACUAGCGUAGAAGUUUGGUGGGAGCCAGUCCCUAAUCGUGGCAAAAUCGUAGGUUAUCAGAUAUUUUAUACGACGACAGCCGUGGAGGAUUUAGACGAGUGGAAACAAAAGACGGUCGGUCUUACGGAAUCGGCUGACCUGGUGAACUUGGAAAAAUUUACUCAGUACGCUAUCACGGUGGCCGCGAGGUACAAGACCGGUCUGGGAAAGCUCAGCGAGAAGGUAACGGUGAAAGUGAAGCCGGAAGAUGUGCCUUUGGAACUUAGGGCACCGGACUCGUCCACUCACUCCAUGACCCUAUCCUGGAAACCUCCGAUACGGCUCAACCCCAUGAACUACAAAGUCUCCUUCGACGCCGUUAAGGAGUUUGUCGAUUCACAGGGUAUCACGCAAACUCAGACCGUUCCUCGUAGGCAGAUUUUGUUGAAUCCCACCGUGACGACGACUACGAUAAACGAGUUGCAACCCUUCACCACGUACAACGUGAACGUGAGCGCGGUGCCGCGGGACGGUCAGUAUAGACCGCCAGCAAAAAUGACCGUAACCACGCAAAUGGCAGCCCCGAAGCCUAUGGUUAAACCGGAUUUCUAUGGCGUGGUGAACGGUGAAGAGAUUCAAGUGAUCUUACCUCAGGCUUCCGAGGAAUACGGACCGAUCUCUCACUACUAUUUGAUCGUUGUGCCCGAGGACGCAUCAACGGCUAACAAGCAACCGGACGAAUUAACCGAGGACAUGAUCACGGGCAAAGGUGCCAAGCAAGAAAGAGAAAAUGCUCCUUACAUCGCUGCCAAAUUUACUCAAAGAGACAUACCGUAUACGUUUCAUCUUGGCAGCGGAGAGAUAUACGAGGGUUACGAAAAUCGAAAGCUCGAGAAGAGCAAACGGUACAGAAUCUUUGUGCGUGCCGUCGUCGAAACAUCGAAAACGCACCUAUAUACCUCGUCGCCGUUCUCCGAAUACUUGUCUCUCGAUAUGAGGGAAGUGCCACCGGGUGAACCGCCUCGACGUCCCAAUCCGAAUAUCCCGGUGGAUGGAAAUCCGGAGGUGUCGGUAAAAACCAGCGGUCAGGAACCGGGUAUGGUAUGGGUGGUCGGCCCGAUAAUAGCCGCCUUAAUGGUUAGCGUAUUUCUCGUUCUCCUCUUCGUUAUUAAAAAACGAAGACAACCUUGCAAAGCACCCGAUCAAGCUGCCGUCACUAGGCCAUUGAUGGCUGCGGACAUAAGUUCGAAUCACGCCCCAUCCGAUCCAGUCGAAAUGCGCCGUUUGAAUUUCCAAACACCUGGCAUGGCGUCACAUCCUCCGAUUCCGAUCAGCGAGCUUGGGAAUCACAUCGAGCGCCUAAAAACCAACGACAAUCUAAAAUUCAGUCAAGAGUACGAGUCUAUCGAACCCGGACAACAAUUCACUUGGGACCACUCCAACAUGGAAGUAAACGCUUCGAAGAAUCGUUACGCGAACGUGAUCGCUUACGAUCAUUCCAGGGUAAUUCUGCAAACCAUCGACGGCAUGUCGGGUACGGACUAUAUAAACGCCAAUUACUGCGACGGCUAUAGGAAACAAAACGCGUACGUAGCCACGCAAGGCCCGCUUCAGGAAACGUUCGGUGAUUUCUGGCGAAUGUGCUGGGAAUUGAGAUCGAGUACGAUCGUGAUGAUGACGAAGCUCGAGGAAAGGACGAGGAUAAAGUGCGAUCAGUAUUGGCCGAGCAGGGGAUCCGAGACGUACGGCUUGAUGACGGUGACGAUUACCGACGUUCAAGAGCUGGCUACCUACUGCAUUCGAACCUUCCAAAUAUCACGGGCAGGCUACUCUGAGAGACGCGAGAUAAAACAGUUGCAAUUCACGGCCUGGCCGGAUCACGGUGUACCCGAGCAUCCCGCGCCAUUCUUGCAGUUCUUGCGAAGAGUCAGGUCUCUGAAUCCACCGGAAAGCGGACCACUGAUCGUACACUGUAGCGCCGGUGUCGGAAGAACCGGUUGCUUCAUAGUUAUCGACUCGAUGCUCGAAAGAAUCAAGCACGAGAAGAUGAUCGAUAUAUACGGUCACGUGACUUGCCUGCGUGCUCAAAGAAACUACAUGGUCCAAACGGAGGAUCAGUACAUAUUCAUUCACGAUGCGCUGUACGAGGCGGUGAUCUGUGGCAACACCGAGGUGCCUGCCAGAAACUUGCAUUCCCACAUACAAAAGCUGAUGCAGCCGGAAAUCGACAAUAUCACCGGCAUGGAACUAGAGUUCAAGAAACUGUCCAACAUCAAAGUGGACUCGUCUCGAUUCAUUUCGGCGAACCUUCCCUGCAAUAAACACAAAAACCGGCUAGUACACAUUUUACCGUACGAGUGUACCAGAGUAUGCCUGCAACCGCAACGCAACAUAGAAGGAUCCGAUUACAUAAACGCCAGUUUGAUCGACGGGUAUCGAUAUCGGGGUGCCUACAUAGCGACACAGGGACCUCUCUGCGACACUACCGACGACUUUUGGCGUAUGCUAUGGGAGCACAAUUCCACGAUCGUGGUCAUGUUGACGAAAUUAAAAGAGAUGGGUAGGGAAAAGUGCCAUCAGUACUGGCCGUCCGAUAGGUCGAUCCGUUAUCAGUGCUUCGUCGUCGAUCCCAUCGCCGAGUACAACAUGCCCCAGUAUAUUUUACGAGAGUUCAAAGUGACGGACGCGCGAGACGGAGCGAGUCGUACGGUCAGACAAUUUCAGUUCAUCGACUGGCCUGAACAAGGUGUUCCAAAGUCCGGCGACGGAUUCAUCGACUUCAUUGGACAGGUGCACAAAACGAAGGAACAAUUUGGUCAGGACGGACCGAUAACCGUGCAUUGCAGCGCUGGCGUUGGCAGAACCGGCGUAUUCAUCUCGCUCAGCAUCGUGCUGGAACGUAUGCAGUACGAAGGAGUGGUCGACAUCUUCCAAACGGUCAGAAUAUUGCGCACGCAACGACCGGCCAUGGUUCAAACCGAGGAUCAGUAUCAAUUCUGCUAUCGUGCCAGUUUGGAAUACUUGGGCUCCUUCGAUCACUACGCCAACUGACAAGCCGACACUCGCGAAGAAAGAGAAUCGACGAGAGACAGAAGAGAUCGACAGAGAAACGAGAGAGAGGUCGGCGAACGAGCAAAAGUGCGACGCGUCUAGUACGAUGAAGUACUCGAAAAGUAUGUAAGUUCGUAAGUAUGUUGCCUGUACGCCGUGGUUGCAGAGCAAAGCGUACUAUACUCGUACCUUCCAAUGACAAAUACAGUAGAAAAGCGAUAAAUUAUUAACCUCUCGAACAACAACGUAGUAGCCAAGUAUGUUAUAGUCAGUGGUGUUGCAACAGCCUCAAGAUACGCGGAAAGGUUUCACUUUUAUCUCCACCGUAAACGCUGAAUCGAUUGUCAUUCAAAUUCUCGUACGACAAAGACGGGACAAAAGACUGCCGUUUAGAGCGUACGGCUCAAAGUCGUAGAAAUACUAUCAUAUCUGUAGAAACAUCUCUUACCGAAAUUUCUUUUAUGGUUCGGAACACACAAACAUACACACACACAC